UCGUCACCUCUGACUUGCUGCCACCCACGCGCAACCCCGGACGGAGCUUUAAAUCUCAGCCUGGCGCGGCUCGGGGUGCUCAGACCUGGCUCCCGGUGGCACCAUGAAGCUGGUAGUCUUCUUCAUCCUCCUGGGGAGCUUUGCCCUGUGGACAGUGCUGCAGGCUGCCCCAGCAGAACGUCAGGAUGGACGUUCUCCGGCACCGGCCCCCCUGCACCAGGAGCCCCCUUUGGCCAAGGCAACAGGCGUCCUGGGCCCGUCGUACCCGAGCCUGGCCAAAGAGAGGUGGGCGGACUUGUGCAAGCUGCCUCCAGAGCAAGGCCCGUGCCGGGGGCGAAUCCCUCACUUCUACUACAAUGCCUCCUCCAAACGCUGUGAACGCUUCAUGUACGGCGGCUGCCAGGGCAAUGCCAACAACUUCAAGACCGAGGAGGACUGCGUGGCUGCCUGCGGGGACCGAGCGGUUUGCAAGCUGCAGUCCGACCCCGGCCUGUGCAAAGCGCUGGUCCCACGCUGGUUCCACAACCCACAGGCCAGGAAGUGCGAGAGCUUCAACUACGGCGGCUGUGGCGGCAACAGCAACAACUUCAAGACGAAGGAGGCCUGUCUCAGGCUCUGCCAGGGCACAGUGGAGUGCCCACCGCCCACCCCGCACUGCGUCUGGUCGUUUCCUCCCCAGUGCAGCCCGUGGAGGCCGUGCGCCCCGGGCAAGACGUGCUGCUACCACCAGUGCCAGUUCCAGUGCCUGGACCUCCUGAAAGAGAAAGCCGGGUACUGCUCUCGGCAGCCGCCCCUCGGGGGGGUGUUCGACGAGGAGCCCUGCAGCGCCUGCCUCAAGGACCAGUCCUGCUCCAACUGCUCCAGCGAUGCCGACUGCCCCGGCGAGGCCAAGUGCUGCCCGGGCGACUGCGGCUUCACCUGCCAGGCCCCCGUGAAGGACCUCUGCCACCUGCCCUCGGUGUGCGGCAGCUGCAAGGCGCUCUUCGUCCGCUUCUUCUACAACUCCUCCAGCCGGGCCUGCGAGGAGUUCGUCUACGGUGGCUGUGGCGGCAACAAGAACAACUUUGAGACCAAGGAGGACUGCUCCAAGGCCUGCCAGCACCUGGACACUGCUUAGCCUGUCCAGAGCAGGGAGGGGAGGAGGAAGCCGCCCUCCCGGGUGACCACCGCGCUAGGCAAGACUCACAGCCCCCCCCAGGGCCGAUACGGCUGUCCCUGCCCGGCCGGCGUCCCACGUCUCGUUCUUCCGGACUCGGCAAUGAGGUUUCACCAGUGGCUGCUGCACUGCCAGGCCCAGCCCCAGCCCC